UCGAAAUCGGCUUAUAGGUACAAGGCGAUAGUAAUUUUAUCUACUGAUAUAUAUAGAAGAUAAGCACUAAAAUGUUUAGUGUAUUGCACUUUAGCAGUUUAUAAAACAGAAAUAUGAAGACAUUAAUAAUAUUGGCCUUCCUGGCGGUGGCCACCGCCCUCCCCGAACCGAUGCAUCUGCGCCCAUCAUCUUCAGCAGUUUUUGAAGAAAUUGACUUCAGGCCUCUCAUUGUACCUAAAGAAAUAAUGGAAAAACUUAAUGCUGUUGGUGCUUUAGAUGAUAACGACGUACCUGCACCCAUAAGCCUGCCCUCUGCACCUUCAGUAGAUGCUGUGAGAUUUGUAGACUCCCCCUUGGAAGCUGCUGAAGAAGCAUACGCAGUCAAAUUUGUAGAAACUCCGAUAGCUUCAGAAGAUAUUGAUUUACCUGCAUCUAUAAGCCUUUCCCUGGCACCUUCAGUUGACGCUGUGCGAUUUGUAGAUUCCCCCUUGGAGGUUGCUGAAGAAGCAUAUGUAGUCAAAUUCGUAGAAGAAGUUCCGGAAAUUUCAGAAGAUAACGUGCCUGCACCUUUAAGCCUUCCCCUUGCACCUUCAGUCGAUGCUGAAGAAGUACACGAAGUGAAAUUUGUAGAAUCUCCGAUAGAAACUCCUGUAGAUGCUGUACAAUUUGUUGAGGAAGCUGAAAAUGUAUUUGAAAAUCCAUCCGAAUUACAAAGCGUAAGGGUCGCUGACUUGCCUAUUAAUGAAGAAAUCGAAGACACACUCAAUAUUAUACAGCCACUUGGGGACAACCCACGUUUUCCCGGCAAACAAUAUACUAACCCUACAUGGCGUUCUGUAAAAGAUUCGCUCGCAGAAGCCCCGAUAGAUGUUCCUGCGUUAGCUGUACGAUUUGUUGAGGAAGCAAAAAACGUAAUUGAAAAUCUUCGCACAUCUGAACUAUCCGAAAGUGUCAAAGUUAUGCCCAUCAAUGAGGAAUUCCAAAAUGCGGAGCAGCCCCUCGUUGAUAGCCCAUUUUCGCCCAUCAAGCAAUAUGCUGACCCUACAUGGCGAUAAAUUAAAAAAGGAAAAUAGGUCCAAAUAGUAAUUUAUUAUAAUUCGUUAUUUUUUUUUUAGUAAAUAAAUGACGCAGUCAAAUAUAAAAU